AUGGGAGGCAAGAUUGAGUGCUUCCUGGAUCUCUCAUCCUACUUCAGCUACGUCGCCUUUGCAGACUUGGCGCAGAACUGUGAUAAGCUGGCGGCUAGCGGAGUGGACAUAGAGAUUCAUCCCGUGUUUCUGGGCGGCAUCAACCACCUCUCAGGCAACAGCCCUCCAUGGCUCAACAAGGCCAAGGCAAAAUAUCUGCAAUAUGACUCCCGCCGAGCCGCCCACCGCGUCGGCCUCUUCAACAUCCGCAGCCCCCCGGACCUCAUGGCCGUCGCCCAUACCAUCUCGCCGCUGCGCGCCCUGCACUACAUCAAGGCCAACUACCCGCAGGCUACGUUCCUAGCCGCCAUGGAAGCGUGCUUCAUUGCCUUCUGGACGCCUCCCAACGUCAAUCUCAUCCCGGAGGAGAAUCUGCGUGCCGUCCUGCAAGGGGCCACUGAGAAGCCUGGCAACAGCAGCAGCAGCAGCAGCAGCAACAGCAAGAAGCUCUUCUCGGAGGACGAGGUGGAACGGAUUAUGCAGAGCCGGGGCAGCAUGAAGGAUGUGCUUUUGGCUACGACGAAGAUGGCUGUUGAUCUGGGGGCGUUUGGCGCGCCGUGGUUCUGGGUGACGAAUGACAAGGGCGAGCAGGAGCCCUUCUUUGGCAGCGAUCGGUUCCUGGACAUUCCAUUCCAAGACAUUGCGGUGCUGACGCCGUCCAAGUUGUAG